AUGUCAAUAACGUGCGACCAUUUUGUACGCGAGCAGAGGGAGUGCAUAUCGGUGCACGUGGGGCAGGCGGGAGUGCAAAUGGGCGUGGCUUGCUGGCAGCUGUACUGCCUCGAGCACGGCAUCCGCCCCGACGGGACCCUGCCGGCAUGCGAGCAGGACCCCAAUGCUGCAGACUCCUGCUUUAACACCUUCUUCUCUGAAGCUGAUCGAGGGAAGAUGGUGCCCAGAGUUGUUAUGGUGGACCUGGAAGCCACUGUUAUUGAUGAGGUCCGCUCAGGAGAGUACCGGCAGUUGUACCAUCCCGAGCAGCUGAUCACCGGCAAAGAGGACGCGGCGAACAAUUACGCGCGCGGCCAUUACUCCACCGGACGGGAGGUGCUCGGUCCCGUCAUGGAGAGAGUCAGGAAACUGGCUGACCAGUGUACUGGUUUACAGGGUUUCUUCGUGUUCCACUCGUUCGGUGGCGGGACAGGCUCCGGCUUUACCUCGCUGCUGAUGGAGAAGCUCUCUGAAGAGUUCGGCAAGAAGAGCAAGCUCGAGUUCGCUAUCUAUCCAGCACCACAAGUGUCGACGGCAGUGGUGGAGCCUUACAACGCGGUGCUGACCACGCACGCCACCAUCGGCCAUUCGGACUGCGCUUUCAUGGUGGACAACGAGGCCAUCUACGACAUCUGUAGGCGGCGGCUGUCCAUCGAGAGGCCCUCCUAUGCUAAUCUCAACAGGCUUAUUUCACAAGUGGUGUCGUCGAUAACAGCAUCGCUGCGGUUCGACGGCGCGCUCAACGUGGACCUGACGGAGUUCCAGACCAACCUGGUGCCCUACCCGCGCAUUCACUUCCCGCUCGCCGCGUACGCUCCCGUUGUCUCUGCCGAUAAGGCGUACCACGAAGGCAUGUCAGUAUCUGAAAUCACGGCGGAGCUGUUCGAGCCACAGAACCAGAUGGUGAAGUGUGACCCUCGCGACGGCAAGUACAUGGCGUGCUGCCUGCUGUACCGCGGCGAUGUCGUGCCCAAAGACGUGAACGCCGCCAUCGCCGCCAUGAAGGGCAGAGCCGGGAUACGAUUCGUGGAUUGGUGCCCCACUGGGUUCAAGGUGGGCAUCAACUACCAGCCGCCGUCAGUAGUGGCGGGCGGUGACCUGGCGCAGGUGAAGCGCGCCGCCUCCAUGCUCAGCAACACCACCGCCAUCGCCGAGGCCUGGGGCAAGCUCGACCACAAGUUCGACCUCAUGUACUCCAAGCGAGCCUUCGUGCACUGGUAUGUAGGUGAAGGUAUGGAGGAGGGAGAGUUCUCAGAAGCUCGAGAAGACCUCGCAGCGCUCGAGCGCGACUACGACGAAGUGGCCAUCGAGACGUCGGACAUGCAGCCGGGCUGCGACGACGAGCUAUGACGUGACCGGCCGCGCCCCCCACCGCCGCACCCAGCUCGACUCGCAUACAGAGUACAUCGGCCGGCGCACACUUGGCUAAGCGCAGAGAAGAUCAUUUUUACCGUCAAACUGUUAUUAUAAUAUUUGAAAGUGAAAAAUAGUCGUCAUGUGCUUGGCCACCUCUGUGCCGGCGCUAUCACUGCAACAGAACAGCAUCGCCGCGUGCACAGUCGGUGAGCUGCGACUCAUGCGCUGUGGCAGGUUGUGCGUGUGUAAUGGCGGCUGCAGCGUCGCCGCCGAAGCGGACGCCACAAAACCGCGGCCGCACGUUUAUUGAUAUUGAUUAUUGCAGAACUGUGAAAAUUUUUAUAAAGGUUCGAAAAUGUCCGCGGAGGUCGGAUGAUGCUCGAGUUGCUACCGCCUCGCUGAGGACCGCCGCGUCAGCACGGGGCCUCCCUCGCCACGAUACGUUUCUUCGUCCGGCAGACUUGCGACGUCUAUUUUUUUUAGUUUUUAUUUUUGAGAUUUUUACAAAUUUUAUAGCAAAUACUGGACGGAGAAAUGACCAAGUUUUUUUAUUACUUUUACAUUAAAUAGAUAUGAUGAUGGGGACGUGUUUUGUGGCGAAUCGCGUAAUGUGCGGUGUGAUGCGGCGCUAUCGUUGUAAGUGUAAUGUUUUAUAUUUGUGUACGUCCGUCUGUGUUUGUAAAAUGAAUGAAAAAGUUUAUAUACAGUGUACCGUCUGAUGUUCUUGUCACAAUA